AUGUCGGCAAUCGAGCUCAUCAAUCCGCGCGCGGAAUCCGUGCGUCGGAUCCAAGCACUUCAGGUGAACAUUGCCGGUGCUGUUGGUUUGGCACAGGUUGUGCGUUCCAACUUGGGGCCUCGCGGCACCUUGAAAAUGCUCGUCGACGGCUCUGGCAACUUGAAGAUGACCAAGGAUGGCAAAGUGUUGCUGACAGAGAUGCAAAUCCAAAACCCUACAGCGGCUAUGAUUGCCCGUACUGCUGUCGCGCAAGAUGAACAGUGUGGCGAUGGCACGACUAGCGUCGUGCUUUUGGUCGGUGAGCUUCUUAAACAGGCCGAGCGCUACAUUCAAGAAGGCGUACACUCGCGUGUACUCUCGGAAGGAUUUGAUGUUGCGAAGACAGGAGUCUUAAAGUUCCUGGAGGAGUUUAAGAAGCCAAUUCAGGGCGACCGCGCUACAUUGCUUCAGGUGGCUCACACGGCGCUGGCCACCAAGUUGGCACCGAAGCUUGCGAAGCAACUGGCUGACAGUGUGGUGGACGCUGUCCUCGCUAUCAAGCCACGCUCGUCUACGGAGACAGAGGUUCCAGCUCUUAAGGAAGAUGGAAGCUCCGAGCGUGUCGAGGACUGGUCCACACGCAACCCAAUCGACUUGCACAUGGUAGAAAUUAUGAAGAUGCAGCACAAGAGUGCUACAGACACGCAGUUGGUUCGCGGUCUCGUAAUGGAUCACGGUGCACGCCACCCCGAUAUGCCUAAGCGUGUACGCAAUGCAUAUGUUCUCACUCUCAAUGUGAGCUUGGAGUAUGAGAAGACGGAGAUCAACUCUGGGUUCUUCUAUUCGAGCGCAGAGCAGCGUGAAAAGCUGGUGGAAUCUGAGCGUCGCUUUGUCGAUGCCAAGCUACGCAAGAUUGUGGAGCUUAAGAACGCAGUGUGUGACACCUCGGCUGAUACGCCAGAGUCUGAGCGCAAGUCGUUUGUGAUCUUCAAUCAAAAAGGUAUUGAUCCUAUGUCGCUCGAUAUCCUUGCUAAGAAUGGCAUUCUCGCUCUGCGUCGUGCAAAGCGCCGCAACAUGGAGCGUCUGCAACUGUGCUGCGGUGGUGUGGCGCAAAACAGUGUGGACGACUUGUCGCCUGACAUUCUUGGCUGGGCUGGUCUGGUAUAUGAGCAAACGCUGGGCGAAGAAAAGUAUACCUUUGUGGAGGACACGAAGGAUCCAAAGAGUGUGACGCUUCUGAUCAAGGGGCCCAACACACACACGCUGAACCAGAUUCAAGAUGCCGUGCGUGACGGCUUGCGUAGUGUGAAGAAUGCCAUUGAAGAUGGCGCUCUUGUUCCCGGAGCUGGCGCUUUCGAGGUAGCGGCGGCAGCCCACCUGCUUGAUAAUGUGCGUCGUUCCGCGAAAGGCCGCGCAAAGCUGGGUGUUGAGGCAUUUGCGCAGGCUCUCAUGGUGAUUCCCAAGACACUGGCAAGCAACGCUGGUCUUGAUAUUCAGGAUGCUAUUGUGACGUUGCAGGAUGAAUGUGCAGAGGGCCACAUUGUUGGUCUGGAUACCAAGACAGGCGAGUGCAUGGACCCUAUUUCGAAUGGUGUCUGGGACAACUACCGGGUAAAGCGUCACAUGAUCCACAGCAGCGCUGUCAUUGCUUCGAAUCUGCUAUCUGUGGAUGAGAUUCUGCGUGCGGGCCGCAGCUCCCUGAAAAACGAGGCGCCAGGUCCAUAA